AUGGCUUCCGUCGGAGAGUUUUCUGCUUAUAAUUACAAAAACUGGCCCUAUGUAGAUAGUCCUUGGGAUCUGCUGGAACCCUGCAGAGAGGUAGAACUCGGUUUACCAGAAUCCAGUCAAACCAAAUGUGUCAUCUCAUCCAUUCUGGGUAACUGGUCGGCAUAUGUUCUUCCUUCGGUCUGUUCUGUUGGACUUGUAGGCUCAGUAGCAAUUGCUGUCGCCUUGUUUGCACACCCAAAGAGACUGACACGGCAAGUCCUAUUCAUCUCUUUCAUGCUUCUGGGUAAUGCAGGCACUAAUGUCUCGUUCGCCUGGUUUUGGAUGUUCCCGGCUAAAGGACUACCUUUUGUUACCAAUGGAACAGUCUACUAUUUCAUGCCGUACGAUUCCUUUGCAGCUUGUUUACUGUUCCGAUCAGUCUACUCAUUCACCAGUACCAUGAGUGUGAACUUUCUGUUACUAGCUAGUGUUGAUCGCUUCAUGAUAAUAUACUUUCCCGUGAAGUACGCCACCAUGAGUAAGCGUUACGGCUGGUACGUUUCAGGUUGCACUAUUUUACUUUCGAUUGUAUUGAUCAUCCCCGUGACGGCACAGAUUAGCCUGCACUAUGUGGGAGAUAAGCUAAUAUGCUGGUUCAACCCUCAUAAUACGUUUAUGGAAAUUUAUCAUAUCAUGAUUUCAAACUGUGCAGUUGUUCAACCGCUCCUCACUGGCGUCUUCAACCUGGCAUUCUUUAUUCGCAUUAGGAGAACCAUAUUGAAGCGCAGUUCCAAAAAUUGGACCAGAAGUGAACGAGCUCAAGUUCGGGCUUCUCUUUUGUUACUUAUUCUGUCUGCAAUCUACCUACUAUUUUCUGCACCGCAGACCAUUGCCUAUAUUGCUGCAUUCAUUCUGUCCAAAAAAAAUAAUGGUGUAGACUCCGCAGCACGGCUUGCCUACAACAUUGCUGAUAUUGGUUGGAAUUUGUACUUUCUACGUGAGUUGGCCAACAUUCUUGUGCUAUUCUGGUUCAAUUCUAUUAUUCGGCAACUAUUCCUUUCCCUUUUCCCUCGGAUUCCAAAAUCAUGGAUUGUUACGGAUGUGGAGACCACGGUAACCACGGGAAAGCCACAGCAUUAA